AUGGAAGCCUCACUCCGCCCACGUGAGUCCUGGGGCAGGCGGGCCACACCAGGAGCUGCUGUCAUUUCUUGGUUCCAGCUCAUCGACUCAGCCUUUGGAGAAGACAUCUUGGUUUUAUUCCACCUCGGAGAAGUGAACUGUAGGCCUUCUUUUCUCUUCCUGAAUCUCUCACCAUCUUGCCGUGAGAAGGUAUCUGAUAUGAAUGUCAGCAUGGGAAGCACAGCCCUAAGUCAGAAAACAUUCAGGUACCCAGGCGGGCUGCCUGUUGCCCAUAGAUGGACUGUUCACACAGCUAUUAACGGCAGCAUUCCUGGGCCCAGGAACUGGGCCAAUAAGCUUACUUGCUCAGGCUUUGUGACAAGAAAGUCUGAGUAG